AUGUUGCAAGAUUUUCUGGUAGGAGAUGAAGAUUUCCGGCAUAAAGGUGAAUGUGUUGAACUUUUUGGCCCAAAAAGUUUUUGGGAAUAUAUCAGCACAAUUUAUGAUGACAUGAGAAAAAGAUUGAGUGAUGAUCGUGAAUGUAUUUCCAGUACAAUCAAAUACGCAAGAAUUCUCUGUACAGCUGAUAAGAUAUUCGGAGAAUAA